AUGACGAGCGCCUCCGAGCUCUUCACCGCCCGCCGCGCCCGCGCGCCCCGCCUCUCCGACCCGGGGGACCCCGGCCCGGAUCCGCUCGCCGACGCGCCGCAGGACCCGCACGGCCUCGCCGCCCGCCGCCGCCGGCGGGGCUGCCGCGCGCGCCGCCAGCUCGACGCCGCCGGGGACGUGCGCCAGCACCUCCACACCGGCCCGCCGCCCCCGCGCCGACGCGGCUCCUACACGGACCGCAUCUUAUCAUACAUAGACAAUAGCAACAUUGGGGAUUCUGCAGCUACAAGGAACCGACUUGACAGGCUGAUGUUCAGAACAAAUGAGCGGCUUCCCGGUGCCGUACUGCAAGCUCAGGCACGUGUUCUAGAGAGAUUGAGAGGUGUUUCUAUCGGAUCAUCUACCUCCAGGCCAUCCAUCACAUUGGAUGAAUUUUCAGCUACGGAUGUGUUUAGAAUCAUCGACUUCGGAAGCAGAGAAACCCCAUACGAGGCAAAUUGGCCUAGCUCAUCAUCUGUUCAGCCAAGCAGCGUGUCGGAUGAAGAGAACUUGGAGAACACAUCCAUCAGUUCAACUACUUCCAACAGGUCACCUGGACUGAGCAAGUCCGCCUUUCUUCGGCUACAGAUAGAGAUCUUCGAGGCUAAGAAAGAUGACAACAGGGAGGCAUCGCCGGAAUGCUCGAUUUGUCUCGAUGGUUUCUAUGACGGAGACGAGCUGAUAAGGCUGCGCUGCGGACACAGGUUCCACUCGACUUGCUUGGAGCCAUGGGUGCGGAAAUGCGCAGAUUGCCCAUACUGUCGAACAAACAUACGGUCCCGGCCCCGAUGA